GCUGAACUCUGUGAAGAUGGAAGAGCUACUACCAGCUGAUCUUGUAAAAUUUCUAAACUUGGUGCUAACAGGGAGAGCUGACAUUGAUGGAGAAAAGUGUGAGAAGACCCAGAGGCUGGUCUACUCGAUCACACAAGAUGUGUGUCGUGCCGCAACUAACAGCACGUGGAAACUGCCAAAGCACAUACUUCUCUGUGCCACAGUUCGCCACCUCUAUCGAAGCAAACAGCUCACUACUAUUCUUGCACGACUAGGACACUCUGAGACAUACGACUUUGGUAUGGAGCUUGAGACAGCAAUGGCCAAAGCAUUUGAUGAGAUGUCCACCUACCUGACCCCUCAAAUCAUCUCUGGCAAGGGAAACUGUGUUUUUCACAGUGAGUGGGACAACCUGAACAGAAUUACAACCAAUGUGCUUGGAUCAAAUGUUGUAAACAGUGCUGGGGGGAUCAUGAUUCAAGAGGUAAAGGAGGGCCAUCAGAGCACCAAUGAAAGGAUCCUUCCUCUCUAUGAGAGAUCAUCAAAAAUGAGAAGCCUUAAGAUCACACCUCCAGAGACCCUGCCAGAGUUGGUAUUUAAGAGGGAUGGUCCCAAAUUCCCUAAAGAUGCCAGUUUUACCCACCCUGUUGAAAACCAGCAGUCAUACGAUGCAUCAAUGUUGGAGUACUACAUCUAUCUGCUCUGCAGACGUCUAAGCAGUGAGGGAAAGCAGCAGGUGCCUGGAUUUGGUGGCUUUAUUUCAAGCACUGGAAAGGUCCCUCCUAGAAAAUCUACUAUUGACUUCUACACCCCCAUCAAUCAGCCUAUAACAGACAAUGCAGUGGUGUAUGAACUGCUAAAGAGGUCUGAGGCAGCAACAGAGGAGGUUGGCCAACCAUACACCAUCAACACGUUUGACCUUGGCGUGGUCAUGAAGGCCUGCCCUAUAGUCUGGAAGUAUGAAGAGGAAUUCAAAAAGCAUAUCAUAAUCCUUGGCAAGUUCCACACAGCCAUGAAUUACAUAGGCAAACUAACUGGGUACAAGUGUCAAGGUUCAGGCUAUGCAGAAAUCCUCAUUGAGGCAAACCUUGCAACCAGUGGCUGCCUGAAAAAUAUUCUCAGUGGGAAAGCAUAUGCCAAGGCCCUCUUUGGCCUUAAAGUGGUCACAGAGGCUCUUGAACGGCUGCUGAUCAAUGUUUUCCUAGAAGAGGAGAAUCUGGCAAUACCUCAGGAGACCCUCACCAAUCUAGUCCACUGCUGCAGUCGUGAGAAUCUUGAUGCUGCUCUAAAAGACCACUCAUUGCUUAAAAUGAUUCAUCAGUACAUAGGAUACCAACAGAAGGUCCGUGAAGGCCACUUGGGAAAGACAAGCAUGUUCUGGCUCUCUGUGAUGGAUCACGCUAGGCUAGUUUUCAUGUUGGAUUUUGCUGUUAAAACAAACAACUUUGAGCUGUUUCAUUACUGCAAUGGUGCCAUGGCAGAAUUGAUCUUUGCAUAUGAUGGCCACAACUAUGCCAGGUACCUAACUUGGUUCGAGGCAUUUCUCAUCAACAUUGACAUCUCCCACCCUGGUGCUCUUGACAUCAUCAAGCUAGGAGCCAUUGCUGUUGCACGAUCUCUAAUUCCAGGGGCUCUCUCAGCAGUGGACAAGACCAUGGAGGAAACUUUUAUGAAGUUUGCCAAGUCUUCAGGUGGUCUGCUUGGUCUUUUUAACAUGUUUGGAGCAUACCAGAAGUGGUGCCGUACAACCUCUGCACGUGCUCAGCUCCAUGAGCUGACUCUGGAAAUGUGUGGCAUGAUUGAUGAUCCAGACUGCCCAAAGAGAGGGAAGCACCGUGAACUGGAACCUGCCCAGAUCAGAAAGCAAGAAGAGGCAGUACAGAGAGUCAUCUUGGCCAUUAGUGGCUUCACCAACCCCUGGAAGAUCCCAGACAAAAAACAUCUCUACUCACUGGCAUCUGGUGCACCCGUAGACCCAGAAGUUGAGGUGGAUGUACUGCAGGCCGAGGCUGCAGGCAGGGCUGCUAAGGAGAAGUUUAUUGAUGAACGCUUUGUUUCCAAGAAGAAGGGAUUCUUUGAGCCCCUCAAUAAGCUUAAACUGAAGACUAUGUAUCACUCAAGCAAGAAGAUCAAGCUCACAUCUGCACAGGGAAAGGUCUUUAUGUACCAAGAGCAAAGCAACCUUGCUUUCCAGCUACUUGUUAAGUCCCAAAUGCUGGAUAUGCCUUUUGACCUUGAGGAACUCAUGCAUUACCCCCUCUCACCUGUUCCUCAUGCACUUGGCACUCCUGAUGGAUUUUUUGCGAAGACAAACAAGGCCACCAUUCUUCACUAUCUCCUCCAGGAUAGAGAUGAAGAGGUCAUCUACCCUAAGGAUGCACUCUUUAUACAGGAUGGCAAUGCUCUUUUUCAUAUGAUGACCAACCUUCAACCAACCUGUGGAGAGAUCUGUAUGCAGCUCUUGGAUCAUAUGAUUCCCAAGCAGCACUUUGUCUUCUCCACAGAUUGCUACCAGACAGACUCUAUUAAAGCCCAGGAGAGGGUCAGACGAGGCUCCACUGAGAAUUUCAUAAUUGGUGGCCCACACACCCACAAACCUUGUGACUUUAAAUGCUUUCUUAGCAAUGAGGUAAACAAGAAGCAGCUAUGUGAUCUGCUUCUCAAGGUCUGGGGGAGCAAUGAGGCAGCAUCUCGGCUGGAGAAGUGCAAGAGGGCCGUGGUAUGUGUUGAUGGGAGAUCCUAUGACCUAACUUCAACAAAUGGCCAAGUUCAGGCUUCAGAGAUCCACGCCCUGCGGUCAAACCAGGAGGAGACAGACACCCGUGUUGUCCUCUACCUCCACCAAGCUGUAAAGUGGGGGUACAAGUCCAGUGUGGUGCGGACCCCGGACACCGACAUUUUACUGAUCCUCCUUUACCAUGCCAGCAGGAUCAACCUCACCAUAUUGCUUGACCACGGAACUGGCUUGCAUCGUAAGCUUGUGAAUGUCUCUGAGUUGGCUGAAUCUCUGGGAUCUGAGUACUGCAGCACUCUUCUGGGAUACUAUGUCUUUUCUGGGGAAGACUGCACCAGUGCUUUCAAGGGCAAAGGCAAAGUAGCUCCCUUAAAGAAGCUGCAGCAAAACCCGCGAUUCCAGAAGGCUUUCAGCCAGCUUGGCACAUUGUGGCAGGUCAGCAAUGAGCUCCAACAGGAGAUGGAAUCCUUCACAUGUGUUAUGUAUGGCCAUGGUCGUCUGACCUCAAUUGAUGCUGUGAGAGUCAAGAUGCUGCAAAAGAUGGUGGGUGUUGACAGAGCCCUGGAUGCAAGUUCCAAAGUAGACCUGGAACGCUUGCCUCCCCCCAAGGUCUGUCUCAUCCCACACACACAGAGAGUAAACUACAGAGUUGCCUGCUACAAAAGGGCAGAGCAGCCCAUAUUUGAAAGGCCAAACCCUUACGAUCAGGGUAUGGGUUGGGAGAAAACAAUGGAAGAGGGGGUGUUGGAGCCGGUGUGGUCAGUUGGCCCCAUCUUCCCUCCUUCUCUUGUUGACAUUCUUGCUGGAGUAGAAGAGAGAGAAUCCAUUGGAGAGGGGACAGAUGAUGUGGAGGAAGGGACAGAGAUUGAAGAGAUAGACUUUGAUGAUCUUUUCAAUGAUGAUGACGAGGAUGAAAAUUAUUAGUACCACACUAUACAAGUACUUUUUAUUAUAUUCUUAGAUUUUAUCAACAAUUAGUUCUGCACUUAAUUAAUACAAAAUAAAAAUGCAAUUUAAUUCAUUUAAUUCAUUGGCCCAGAGUUGUGUAGAAAAGUGUGCUCAAUUGUCUCUGUAGAUUGUUAAAUUAAAAGGCUAUUGCAAUCCUUUUUUUUCAUUUUUUUAGGUGUAGUAAAGGGUUAAAAAAUUGAUACAUUUUGAGUAAAAAUGUGUAAAAAACUAAAAAUAAACAUUCUGUUGAAUUCCUUGGCCCAGAAUUGUAUGGAAAAGUGUGCUCAUUUGUCUGUAUAGGUUGUUAACUUCAGGAACUAUGCCAAUUUCUUCAUCAUUUUUGGCAGGCUCGGAUUUGGGGUAGGUGUAGGAAAGGGUUAAUAAAAUGCCUCACGGGACAUUUUUUGCCCUGGUACCUGUCAGAAUCUUAAAGUAGACACUUUAAGGAUUAAGAAAAAUCUCAAGAUGUGUUUAUUUAGUGCACAGGAUUUUAGUGUAAUGUGAAAACAUACAUGUGAAAUUAACAUUUUUUGCAAAUUUUUGACAUUUUUGUCCCAAAAUUAUGUCAAAAUGUGUAAAAAACGUAAAAAUAACCAUUUUGUUGAAUUCCUUGGCCCAGAAUUGUAUGGAAAAGUGUGCUCAUUUGUCUGUAUAGGUUGUUAACUUCAAGAACUAUGCCAAUUUCUUCAUCAUUUUUGGCAGGCUCGGAUUUUGGGUAGGUGUAGGAAAGGGUUAAUAAAAUGCCUCACGGGACAUUUUUUGCCCUGGUACCUGUCAGAAUCUUAAAGUA